CUUGUAUGGUUUUUUAGUCUCUCUUUUGUUUCCCUUUCUCUCUUUGCGUGUGUGAGAUUUUUUUCCUCCUUCAUCACCUUUUGCCGAUUGGUGAUUGAAUUUGCUUUGAUCGGAACACUAAGAUCGGACCUUUUCCUUCUGUUUAAUAUUUUUUAGAAUUUUGGAGUUGGAAGUUUGGACUUUUUCCUCUGUUGAUAUGGAUCAUAGAAGAAGAAAUGAGACAGAGUUUGAUGAAUUAGAGAAGCUUCUUGGAGAGAUUCCCAAAGUUACUUCAGGAAACGACUAUAGCCCUUUCCCUAUUUGUUUGAGCUCAACCAGAUCAUCACCAUCCAUCAAGAAAGUGGCUACAUUUGAAGAACAGAGUACUCAUCUUCCUAUUGAUCGUGCAUUAACCUCUUCAUUUGCUGAAGGAAACUUAAACUUAAACACUCCAGGGAAUCCCCAACUUAUGUUCUUCCCUUCUUACCACUCUCCAAACACCUCACCUUGUGUAUAUGCAGACAAGUUUGAUUCAAGAAAACUCGAUCCACUAAUGCUUAGGAAGCUUCAACAUGUUGGUUACUUUCCUAAUUCUCAGCCUCACCAUCAAGCUUUGGAUCAAUCUAAUAUCAACUGGAGGAAUAUCGACGAAGAACAGUACAUGCCUAUGAACUCUCAUCUCCUCUAUCUCUGUAAUAACAAGUACCCUUUAAUGGAUACUUCUCCAAGACAAGAACAUUUUGGUUACCGCCGAGCUGAACAGUCUAACAGAAACUUGUUUUGUAAUGGAGAAGACGGUGAUGAAAGCAUUGUGAGGAAGAAAAUGCACUAUCCAGAGAAGAUUCUAAUGAGAUCGCCACUCGGUUUAAACACUGCUAAAGUCAUAAAGUACGGUACUGUUGGACUCGACCAAGAUCUCUCAAUGAGCCUCAACAAUCUAACAUUACAUCCUCCAAAGUACAACUCUCUUGCAGAGGCAAGAGGGAAGAUAUACUACAUGGCCAAGGACCAGCACGGAUGCCGCUUCCUGCAGAGGAAGUUUGCUGAGGGAGAUGGGAACGAUAUCGAUAUGAUCUUUAACGAGAUCAUUGACUAUAUCAGCGAGCUUAUGAUAGACCCUUUUGGGAACUAUCUAGUUCAGAAGCUGCUCGAAGUGUGCAGCGAAGAUCAUAGAAUGCAGAUUGUUCAUUCCAUAGCUAGAAAGCCAGGACUGCUUGUUAAAAUCUCUUGUGACAUGCACGGGACUAGAGCUGUUCAAAAGAUAGUUGAAACGGUUAAGAGACAAGAGGAGAUUGCAAUCAUUGUAUCUGCUUUGAAGCAUAGCGUUGUGACAUUGAUAAAGAAUGUAAACGGUAAUCAUGUAGCUCAACGGUGCUUGCAGUACUUGUUACCUCACUGCAAGAAGUUUCUUUUUGAAGCUGUGAUGACUCAUUGUGUUGAGCUUGCAACUGAUCGAUAUGGAUGUUGUGUUCUACAAAAAUGUCUUGCCCAUUUCGAAGGAGAUCAAAAGGAACACUUAGUCUCUGAGAUUGCAUCUAAUGCUCUACUCUUCUCACAAGACCCUUUUGGGAACUAUGUUCUUCAAUAUGUAUUUGAUCUUAAGCUUCGAUGGGCAAUCAACGAGAUACUCGAGCGAUUAGAAGGGAGUUACACCAAGUUAUCGACGCAGAAAUGUAGCAGCAAUGUGGUUGAGAAGUGUCUGAAACUAGCUGAUGACAAACACCAAGCUCGCAUCAUCAUAGAACUCAUAACCUAUGGUUGUCUGGAUCAAGUUAUGUUGGAUCCUUAUGGAAAUUAUGUCAUUCAAGCAGCUCUUAAACGAUCCAAGGGGAGUCUUCAUGGUCUUUUGGUUGAUACCAUUAAACUUCAUAUCUCAUCUCUUCGUACCAAUCCUUACGGUAAAAAGGUCCUCUCUGCACUUAGCAUGAAGAAGUAACUCAGCAGAUUUGUACCAAAUGUUGCUGCUUGUUGUUGGUAAAGUUACCUUGUAAGUGUAAUGUAAUGUAACGUAACGUUUUUGGUUCAAAGAUCCAAAGAGACUAAACAUUCAGAGAAUGCCUUUAACCUAAUCUUAUAAUCAUCUCUGUUAUGAAAUAUCAUAUUAAAUGUU